GAACGAUCGAGGAUGACGAGGAUCGGCCGCGCGAAAGCCGCCGACGGUUCUCGCCGGGGUUGAAUCGUCGUCGCGUCGUCGAUCCGAUGCUCUGGAACCGGAGAAACGGUCACUGGAUUAGCCGAGAUCGUCAACGGAGGAGUUCGUCGACGAACCAACCGAAGGAAUAAGACUGUUCGGUGACUCGACGAUCGUCGAGAGCGGCCGACCACCGGAAGACGAAACGGAAGCGAAAGAUACGAGCGGACGUCGAACGAUCGACCGCCACGACGGAUAGGAAGCCUCGUUUCGACUCGCUUCGCGAACUCUACGAUGCCGAUCAUCGACCGCUGAGUGUCGACGCAUACCGCGAUGGACUUCCAAUUCGGCGAGGGUCGCGAGUGCGUCAAUUGCGGCGCUAUAUCGACGCCGCUAUGGAGGAGGGACGGCACCGGGCAUUAUCUCUGCAACGCGUGCGGACUCUAUCACAAGAUGAACGGAAUGAACAGACCGUUGAUCAAGCCCUCGAAACGACUGACGGCGACCAGACGGUUGGGACUGUGCUGCACCAACUGCGGCACCCGCACCACCACCCUUUGGAGGCGGAACAACGAGGGCGAACCGGUGUGCAACGCCUGCGGUCUCUACUUCAAGCUUCACGGUGUCAACAGACCUCUGGCCAUGCGGAAAGACGGCAUUCAGACGCGAAAACGAAAACCGAAGAAAACGCCGGAACCGAACGCCAGACCGUCCACCGGCGACCAAGAGACGGCCACCGUUUCUACCGCUUCGUCCCCGUCGACGGAACUGAAGAACAAUCAGCAGCAACAAUCGCAGCAGCAACAGCAGCAGCAGCAGCAUCAUCGUCAAAUCGAAACGUCGAAAUCGUCCGGCGGCGUAGCGUCGACCAGUUCGUCCGAUAGACCGGUGUACUUGGGGCACACGUCGCUUUUAGCCACCGGAAGCGUAGCCACCGUGAAGACGGAACCGCGUAGCUGCGACGGGAUCGUCGGCCAACCGUACUCCUCUUAUUAUCAGCAUCCGCACCAGCUCGGAGUGGCGACUAGCGAGCAUCAACAGCAAACCUACUACGCUAGUCAAGAAGCGCCCUAUCAUCAUCAGCAUCACGUGACCGCGGCUGCCAAGUUGCUCGCUUCCUCCUAAUCGAACGUCCGCGAACGAACCGAUUCCCGACGACCGAUAUACUCUAGCCAACGAACGUUCCUCGGCUCGAGCCGUUCGAGCUCCGAACGACUUCGAACGAGAACGCGGAUUUGGCCACGCUCUUUUCACCGCGACCGCGCGUUCAAAGUACUUAAUUGUAAAUAACUAUGUAUCGAAGUUCCGUGAAAUCGAAAGACUGGAUAUCUAAAGCGUAUCGACGAUUCGGUUGACUCGUCGCGUUUCCACGCGUCGUACACGAUAAAUCGAUUCGUUUACCUCGGAAAAGCAACGACGGAGCUCGCUGCACGCCGCCCACCGUCCUCUGUCCGUCGCGCCGAUCCAAAAACGUCUCGUCCGAAUCGAUCGAUUUUUCUUUCCUGUACAGUUCCUGUAUCGUUAAUGUUUUUUUUUUUCGACGCGCAAUAAAAAGAAUAGCUUUC